UUAUAAGACAGAUCGGACGUAACCACGCGACUCUUGCGACUGCCUUUCUCCAAAGCAGUUUUCCGCGUCGACGCUUUUUAUUUUCAAUAAAGCAGCCUACCUUUACUUCAGCGUCAACUCUUCUAAUUUGUAUUUUCUUUUUAUCGAAGUUUCGUGGAAAGAGCCUCUUCGGCAGGAUCCCGACAGAUGGCAUGUUUUUAUAUAAAGAGUACGGUUUAUACUAGAAGCAGAGUCGUGCAUUCAGCUAAUAAGACCACCGGAAAAGGAGGAAGGGAAGAUUAUUAGGCUUCUUCGACUGCGAAUAGAAACAAGAGAAUGGUGAAAGGCCGGUCUUCAACUCCACGGAAGCAACUGAAAUCGAAAGUCCCCAAAAAGAAACAUCGUUGGUCGUGGAAAAGGAAGAUUCAGGAAAUGGAGAUGGAAACAAAAUGGUUCGAAGCAGUGUUAGCCGAGAAGAGGGCAGAACUGAACCACAUGGAACGGGCUGAAAGGAAAGCGAAGAAAAAGCUAAGAAAGCUUGAGCAAAAAAAUUCAGAAACCAAGAAAGGCAAUCGUCUAGCAGCAAUGAACAUUGCUCGGAUCCAGCUCGGCAUCGAUGCUAUCCUUGAUCUGUUGGAUGAUUAAAUUUUCUUAAUGAAUUAUAUUGCUGGGGUUUGCACGAUAGUCGUCCAUUGGGGACUCCCUCCUACAGAGAUAGAUCCAUCCUUAUUCGUAUUUUAAUCCUUUUCUUUAGCCUAUUUCUUGCUUUGUAUAUCAUCUUGUUACGGAUUUUUAUGUUAUUUACAAUAGUAGUACUUUUAUUUUCACUUCUUA